GCGGGGCCCGGGAGCGGAGUGCGUUCUCGGCCGGGCCGAAACGCGGCAGCCUCGGCAGGACUGCACGCCGACGCACACGCCCCGCGCCACAGACCAUGGGAAGGAAAAUGGCCCUCUUAGCCCAUCAGCUACACAGAUGGUUCAAUUCGAUUAAACUGAGUAGUUUCGUUGCUGCUGCUCAAAUCACAGAACGUUUCCCCAGACCAGGAGAAAGGUUGCUGCACGGCUUUUCUUGUCGGCCUCUGAUGUCCCCUGACUGUCUCUACCCGGGACUUAAGACUCACAGGACUUUCUCCUUGUGGACUAGCUCCUGGACUAGCAACUCGAAUGGGCGAGAGAAUCAUCCUGCCCACCAUGCUCUGCUUCCUGCCGAGAAUCAGCCAUCCCAGGAGACACAAAAGCUACCAGACUUUGGUUCUGAGCUGUCUCCCGAAGUACUGGAUGACAUGCCCCCAUGGUCCCCACUGCAGCCCAUCUCUGAAGAGGAGGCCAUUCAGAUUGUUGCAGACCCGGCACUGCCCCCAGCUUCAUUCACGCUUAGAGACUAUGUGGACCAUUCCGAGACCCUGCAGAAGUUAGUGCUUCUGGGAGUGGAUCUGUCCAAAAUAGAGAAACAUCCAGAUGUAGCCAACCUCCUUCUGAGACUGGAUUUUGAGAAAGACAUUACACCAAUACUGCUGUUUCUGAAGGAUGUGGGUGUAGAAGACAACCAGCUGGGAGGAUUCAUCACGAAAAACUCUGCGAUUUUCUCUGAAGACCUUGAAAAUCUGAAGACCAGGGUGGCCUAUCUUCAGUCAAAAAAUUUCACUAAGGCAGAUAUUGCACAAAUGGUCAGAAAUGCACCAUUUUUACUGAAUUUUUCAGUGGAACGACUGGAUAACAGAUUGGGAUUUUUUCAGAAAGAACUUGAACUGAGUGUCAAGAAGACAAGAGAGCUGGUAGUUCGUCUCCCAAGGCUACUCACAGGGAGUCUGGAGCCUGUGAAAGAAAAUAUGAAGGUUUAUCGUCUUGAAUUUGGUUUUAAACAUAACGAAAUUCAACAUAUGAUCACCAGAAUCCCAAAGAUGUUAACUGCCAAUAAGAGGAAACUUACCGAGACUUUCGAUUAUGUGCACAAUGUGAUGCGCAUUCCUCACCACCUCAUUGUCAAGUUCCCACAGGUAUUUAAUACAAAGUUCUUUAAAGUCAAAGAAAGACAUUUGUUUCUUGCCUAUUUAGGAAGAGCACAGUAUGAUCCAGCAAAACCUAACUAUAUCUCUUUGGACAAAUUAGUAUCUAUUCCUGAUGAAAUAUUUUGUAAAGAGCUUGCCAGAGCCUCAAUACAGGACUUCAACAAGUUCUUAAAAACCCUUUAGCUUUUGGUGAAUGUUAAAAUGAAAUUUUGUAGCAUCAGCAAAUAUACAUAUGAAUAAAUUAAUGUGUUUUUAAA